UGUAUUAUAGCAAUUGCAGAGGUUUACAACAAUGAGGGUUACGAUGAGUACAACAAACAGAAUUUCAGCAGCGCCAUAAACUUCUACACAGAAGGAAUUAAAGUGAACUGCAAGGAUAAAGAACUGAACGCCAAACUGUACAGCAACAGGGCAACAGCACAUUUAGAUUUGGGUAAGAAGUUGCUUGUCAACUUUCUAAAGACUUUUAAAUGUAUCGAUUUUGUAAGGACAGUUUUUGUAAGAACAGUCAAGCAAGGCGUGUCAGUUACAUAUUUCUAGUCAUGCUUUAUGUUUUACGCUUUCUAAAGGAAAAGACCACAAAUAAGAGCUGCUCCGAAUAACUAAUUUCAGUUGCUAUUCAUUGGUAGAAUGCCUAAGGCGCGUGCAAUUCCAUAAUUGGUUUCGGGCUCCAUUAAUUCUUUUGCAAAUGGCAGGAGAUUUUAGAAGGACCCGCUACAAUGUAAGCACAGUAACUAAUAGGACAAGUUACUGAGAAAAACAACCUAAAAUAUACUGUAAUCUGUCACAGUACAAACCAGGUGAACGUGUCAACUGAACCGGUUCUUUUUAAGGUGAAAUUCUUUCUGCGUUCUUUCUUUUCGCAGGGAACUACACUGAAGUUCUAAAUGAUUCAAAAAUUGCCAUUGACUUACUACCAUAUUUUUUUAAAGCUUGUGUGCCAGGUAAAUCAACUAUAAAUCCAUCUACACUGAAUAUUUCUCUCCUGACCACAAUUAUGAGAUUAUUAAUUUAAUUACAGUACAAACCAGGUAUAAGUGUCAACUAAACGCUCGCGUACGGUACAACUGUUGUCUUCUUACCGCUUUUCCGGGGGUUGGUUCCUCGGACAACAUUACCGGCGCCUUAGCUAUUUCAGCCCCCGUAAGGUAAAUAGUUUUUAUUAUAUAACUAAUUUUUUACCUUGUAUUGUUAUUAUUAUUAUUAUUACUAUUAUUAUUAUUAUUAUUAUUAUUAUUAUUAUUAUUAUUAUUAUUAUUAUUAUUACAAGUGAUACCGAUAAAAGUAAAUUAUAAUUAUUUUAUUACACUAUAACAUAUAGAUCGUUUUCACCUUGCUGGCCGCUAGCAUUUCUCAUUGUCUCACCACCGCUUUGAAUUUUCAUGUUUUUCUUCCUACGUGUCUUUUGUUUUCAAUCACUCGCUCUAGCUCUUUCUCUGUUUUCCACGUGAGUGUAACCAUAAAAAAUUACGUCGAAAAAGACACGACUUUGUUGUUGUUAUUUCUUUCUUAAAGUCCGGGUGGCCAUGCGAUUUGUUUCCAAAUAAAACCUUGACUUGCAUUUCGGUUGCCAUACCUGUUGAUUGAAUUAUUUUACAUUGGUAUGCAUGUGGUGCGGACAGACUCUCGGGGCGGUCGGUCGGUGUACGGUCACGUGAUUACCAAAUUUUCUCAGAUGGGUAGUUCACCACAUUUUCUUACCCAUGGUGCUCCGCUGCGCGCGCUUCGCGCGCGAGAGCUCCGCUUUACGUUGCAGUCGCAGAUUUGACAAAGUCGCAUUUAAUUUGAAACUGUCGAAUUUAGUUCAUUCUGACGUCCCAUCUCAAAGCAGUUACCUCUCGAAUUAAAUUAGGCACUUGUUAAAAUCGACGAUUGAGCCAGUUGAGCUAAGUAAUGAUAACAGUGUCCAGUAUUACUAAAAAUACCAGUAGAUGAUAUGAUCUGAUACAUACCGCAUUUUAUAUAUUCCCGGCCUGUAAACAGUGCUUUCAAUUUACCACAUUAUGUUAUUGGCUAUAUGCACCACACAGGUAAAAAAGAGAUUUUAGAACUAAAAGUUAACGUCUCCGAUCCACUGGACCACCUCGGUAAAGGCUGACAAUUAGAGUUUAAAAGAGGUAUAUAUUCCUUUUCCAUGGUGAUUGACAGUUUUGAAGCAUGACUUUUUCGUUUUUUUUUUUUUUUUAAUUUCCUUGUAGAAUUUAAUCUUUAACUGAUCGAAGCUAGACUUAAAGGUCACAACAAACCCAAAAAUACUCUUUCAGGCUUAGUCCAUGCCGGAGAACGUUUAAGAAAUCUAUGGACCAUCGAUUCGUACGAGGGAGAGAAUCGUACGAUCAUACGGUUCAGUGCUCGUAAGGUGUCUUUUCAUUGGUCGGGGAAAACAUUAACAUACUCAUUGUUCAUCAUUACUUCCAUUGUUUUAGGUUAGGGUAGUAAACCAUUUGGCUUUUAGGGUUAGAAGAGCUGCUACAUGACCUCUCUCCUCGGAACGAAGAAAAACAAUAUGAACGCCAAAUGCACCCUUUUAGUUUUUAAAGUUCUCCUUUAUAGACACAAACAUUGAACAUUUAUUUCGGCAAACAGACAGUUAAGUUAAAAAGGAUUUUACAAAAGUCUCAAGAGCAGAUCUCCUUUAAGAUUUUAACUUGCAAUAUCGAUCAAUUUACGCAACUUUUAAACUUCUAGCUCAGUUCAUUUCAGGUUCUGCUUUGAAAAGGGAAUGAUAAUUACUUAGAGACAAUACAGUGUAAAGAAUUGUUGAGAAAAACAGCAAAAACGUGCCAAUUUAUGCCAAAAAACGUACUUUAAAAACGAACUAAAAUAUUCAAAACGCCUUGAUCACGUGACUGAUGAUGUCAUGUCUCUCUUGGUCAUGAAAAAAAUUAUCAAGUAGAACAUUACUUUCCCGCAAAUUUUCUCUGCCGUGUGAUAAAUGGUUGACUCUCUACAGCCCUCGGCCUAGUCUCCCCACUUUUUCACUCAUGUUCUUUACCCCCUUAAAUUUUAAAUAACGGACGUCAACUGGUUAUUUUUAAAUGCCCCACACAACUAAAACCUCAAAUAUGCUAUUUCUUUUUAACUCGUUAAUGAAAUCUUGUUACAGCAACGAAAAAACCUAAUUGGGAAUUGUUUAACAUAGCUAAAACAUGCUUACCUCCAUCGAUGUGAAGUUCAUCUUCGAUAGUGCACUUUUAGGUUUGUUCGGCGCCGCAAAUAUUCUUCAAAUAGGACACGUCGCCAUUCGAGUUGUGUUCUUGUUGUUCUUGCCAUGUUUUUAGCUAUUAUCUCGCCUAGUUCUUACUCUUGAAAGGAGUGAAAUGUCUGCCAUUUUGUCUUCACAACCAAAACAACUCAACUUCGUCCCCAGGUCUUCUCGGUUAACGGUGCAUUAACCUGCAAGACCGCGGCACUUUUGAAGUCAUCGGUUGAUUAAUCGCAAAAUUCUUCCAAAUUUGGUCAUCAGUAGCUGGUUAUGGUAAAUUAUGUGUGUGCUUUUAUCCAAUCAGAACCGACAAAUAUUAUGAAUCAAUAAUAAUUACUAUUUAAUUUCUCCAGACCAUAUCAGCCGUUAAUAAACCCGUAGAAUACGAAAUUUUUAAAAGCAAAAAACCUCUACUCCUUUCACUCUCAAAUAUUUUCUUAAGGUACGUUCCUUCCUUAAUAUAACAAACAUGAAGCAGUGAUUUCUUUCCUUUUCAGGUGCAGGUGCCUGUGUUCGUUUGAAAAAGUUCAAAGAAGCUAUCAGAUGGUGUCAUAAAGGAUUAGUAGUAUCUUUUACUGGAGUUAAUAAACAAAUUUCCAUUUAGAGAUCAUUUCCUUAUAAACCCUUGUUAUACCAGGUUAGCCUGCUUGGCAGGUGUUGAAAGAGAAAGGAAGAGGGAAGAAAGGGGGAAAAGGAGGGGGACUGGGGAAAGAGGAAAAUUGGCACCUGCUACAAGAACAGAGCCAAAGUGAAUUACUCCUUUACGACGCAACUCUAAGUUCGACAAGGUUUAAGAAGCGCGCUCCACUUCCUUCUGAUUGGUCACAUAUUGACAGUUGACGUUAUCGGAUUUGCUGGAUAAUGAUGGGCAUAUACAAAAACACCGCUUCUUAGAGCAGGUGUUCAAUCUCUCUCUCUUUCGCAUUUUUCUCUUCCCUCCCCUUUUUGCGCCUGCCACGCAGGCUAUACGAGGUGAGCUUUUGCGCUAAAAUAUGGUAUUUUUACACAUUAAAAUAACAUGAUACCUUCAUACGUGAAAAGAUCACUGUUGCUGUGGUUACAUAAUAAAUCGCGCCUUUGCAGCAAAAACAAUACUUUAAAAUUGAAAUGGUUUCGUAUUUCAAGAACAUUACAUGGCCUCUUGGAGAUACGAAUUUUCUUUUGUUGUGUUGAAAUAUAUUUCACUCGUUCAUUCACUCGUAAAAUAUAUUUCAACACCCGAAUAUCUUAAUCACCGUUAAAAGUGUAUCUUGUGUAGGCCCACAUGCACUCCUUAUAAAUCAACUGGCUCCUGGCGAGUACAGAACUAACCUUUUCCUAAUGGUGUCCUUCUGCCUUACAAAAGGCACUCAAAGAGGAACAUGUAUUCCCCUCUAGAAUGUACAUCAUUAUUGGUAAGGUAGAAAUUAAAAUAAACGUGAAGUGAAGAGAAGUGAAGCAGUGUUGAUUAAAUGUUUGAUCGUUGCUGGACAGCAGCUACUUUGCAAUACCAUGGAAACGUUGCGGCACUAGAAAUAAUUUAAUUAUUUCAAAUUUAGUAAUUAAACUUGGCAGGUUGUGUUAAUUUAACUUAUUCAAGUUCGACCCAAUUAACCAUGACCUGUUGGAAUUACGGGACUGGUCUGUGAGAGAAGAAAAGAAACUGAAAGAUAAUCAAGGAAAAGAGGUGAGUAUAAUGGAAUAGGACUUUAAUGACGUAGUUUCAGCAUUAUUGAAGGUUUUAACUUGGAGAACUCAUCUCAUUGUACAGUAGGCUAGAGAGCAAAUACGUCUCUCCGCAGAAAACAAAAGAACUUUAAAAAGCGGCUACUCUGGUAGGCAAAGUCCUAUGUUUUAAAACAACUUUCAAUUUGUUAGGUUGUCAGCUUAACUUCCUAUCUCGGGAUAGAAUUGAGUACGCAGUGUUCUUCUUGUUUGGAAGACAGUGACACGCGGUGUUCUUUUUGUUUGGAAGAGAGUGACGCGGAGUGUUCUUUUUGUUUGGAAGAGAGUGAAACGCGGUAUCUUUUGUUUGGAAAAAAGUGACACGCACUGUUCUGUUUGUUUGAAAGAGACUGACGCGCAGUGUUUUUGCUUGGAAGAGAGUGACGCACAGUGUUCUUUUCGUUUGGAAGAGAGCGUCGCGCAGUGUUCUUUUUGUUUGGAAGAGAGCUUCGCACAGUGUUCUUUUUGUUUAAAAGAGAGUGACGCGAAGUGUUUUAUUUGUUUGGAAGGGAGACAGUGACAGUUAGUAAUGAGUUGUAGCUGAGUUGCUAAAAAUAAAUUUAUCGUCGAAUUUAGUAGAGAAAAUUGAAGAACACUCUAUACGAAGAUCGUACAAUACAAUAUAAUACAAUACAAUAUUCUUUAUUUAACGAAGGUGACGUAAUAACCCAAUGAGUUAUCUAACUUACGGCCUUCACAACAAUACAAAAUACACAUAUAAAAACAAUGCCUAAUCAGUAAUAUACGACUACAACAAGCGAAAAAAUAGAACUAGACAAAUGUAUGGUUUAACAAGAUAUAAGAUGAUGUAAACUAAUUACCUUCUAAUACAGUUACAAUAAAUGAGAACCGUUACUAGCAAAGUUAAGGAAUAAGAUUAAGAGUUUAUGCUUAAAAUUAUUUAAUCUAGAUAAAUAUAUAAUACAAGAAGGAGAUACACACGCUAUUUGCUUAAGAUCAGUGUCAAGGCAAUUAAAAAGAGUGGCAGCAGAGUAAGCAAAUGUGCGCUUUCCAGGAUUAGACCGAGGGUAUGGAACUUGAAGAUUAAAAGCACAAGCUCUGGUGCGCAGACCAGUUGAACGAACGGAAGACAAGAAAUUGAAUUUACGUUGAAGACAAAGAGGAGCAUCAGGAUUAUUGAGAAGAGUGAAUAAAAGUACAAGUUUUCUUAGUUUUAUAAGGUCGAAAAUAGGUAGCCAUUUGAGUUUGGAAUCUAAGCUUACAGAUGGUUGAGAGUAGUCGGCAUCAAGGAGCAAUCUAGCUGCACGUUUUUAAAGGAGAAGAAGACGAGACAAUAAAUAAUUGGAACAAUUACCCCAUGCACCCGAACAAUAGAUAAAGAGGUUAUGAAUACAAGAGUUGAAGAAACGUAGAGCACAGUGAUGAUUGAGAAACGGUUUGAUCCUUCUUAAGAGAGACAGUCUACUGUUUACAAUUGAACAUAUAUUUUCAAUGUGUUUCUCCCAUGUAAGAUGGCAAUCAAGAGUAACACCAAGUAGUUUAGCAUGCUCAACCUGUUCAAUUAAUUGCCUUAUUUUUUAAAAUUUUGAUUACGUGAUCAAAUUUAUAAUUUAAGCCAGAGGAAAAUCUUUAGAUAUUCAGUUUGGGAAUAUUUACUUUUUUAGUACUAAAGAUUAGCGUUUCUGAUAUGGGAUAACCAUUGGACCUUUGGAGAAUCGACACAAUGAUGUUUACGCUCGACAACCAGUAAUGGUAUACUUAGCUAUUAUUUGAUUCGGCUUUCAUAUGGUCUGAAAAAUCAUGCAGAUUGUGGAGGGUUUUAUCCGCCGACGCCGAGGAUUAACAAUUGAUUUAUACUUUAAAAACAUGCUUACCUCGACCCACGUUAAUUUCCCGUUUUCACUUGCCUGUUUAUCGGAAAAUACAAGAUAUAAAGAGACGUUUAGUCACGCAGAUAUUCUUCAAAUAGCACUGAGUUGUUGUCCGUCGAGUUGUAUUUUUGUAUACUAGGAAGGCAGUAGUUCGGCUAUUUGUUCUCGCAGAACGUCUUCUCCAAUACCUGUUCAAUCGAUAAAAAUACCGCAGGACUAAAGUUUCCUAUUGAUGUUAAGUUGUGUGACAUCAACAAUAUCAAUCAGGGUGUGUUGAGGGGAGCAAUGUUCGAUGAUCCCGAAAGCCGUAUUGACAGUGAUAUAAGACAUUGUCUUUUUAUUAGUAGCGGAUCCCUCGCGCGCGAAGCGCAGGAAGCGGAGCACCAUGCAUAAGAAAAUGUGGUACUAUACCCAUCCGAGAAAAUUUGGUAAUCAUGUGACCGUACGCCUGACCGUCCGUCCGCACCACAGGCAUACCAAUGUUAAAUAACUCAAUCAACAGGUAUGGCAAACCAAAUGCAACUCGAGGUUAUUUUGGCGGGAAAUCGUAUAGCCACUCGCGUCUUUGUGGUGCGGACGGACGGUCAGGCGUACGGUCACAUGACUACCAAAUUUUCUCGGAUGGGUAUAUUACCACAUUUUCUUAUGCAGGACGAAACCGGAAAGUGGCAAUUGUUUCUGUAUCCGUGUUUUCUAAAGUAUUAAGCUUAGAUUAAUUGUCAUGUCCACAAAUUUGGAAUAUAGAGCGAGAGAAAGACAGAGAAAAAGAGGAAAAGCGGCCGGCCAGCGAAACUCAACGAGAAAAAGGGCGACAGAGAUCUAGAGCGAGAGANCAAAUUUUCUCGGAUGGGUAUAUUACCACAUUUUCUUAUGCAGGACGAAACCGGAAAGUGGCAAUUGUUUCUGUAUCCGUGUUUUCUAAAGUAUUAAGCUUAGAUUAAUUGUCAUGUCCACAAAUUUGGAAUAUAGAGCGAGAGAAAGACAGAGAAAAAGAGGAAAAGCGGCCGGCCAGCGAAACUCAACGAGAAAAAGGGCGACAGAGAUCUAGAGCGAGAGAUAAAAAACAAAAGAGGUUUUUUUGUUGGAAGAACAACAUGAAAAUUUUGUAGCGGCGGUGACAAUGCUAGCGGUCACCAAUGCAAGGAGAAAAUCAGUAAAAAAAAAGUGAACGAGAAAACGUGAGAAAUUUCCUCCAUAAAAAAGUUUCUGGAAGUUUCACGUUGUAGCUGUGCAAAAAACAACGGCAAAGAAAUGUACAAAAAAAGUGUGCUGCACGUGCAAAGGGUUGCUUUUUUCCUAAUUAGACCUAUUGUUGUUUUUUUACCGUUCUCCAGCGUUGCCUUCGCCGCUUAGCAUUACACGAUUUUAUAUUUUGUUUGAACAAACUAUAAAUAUUAUCGAGAGCUUCGCUUUUAACCAUGGCUAAAUCUAUAUAUUAUUUUUUGCUUUUGUUGUUGUUGUUGGGCUUCUUAAAAACCGGGUUAAAAAAGAAAGGAGUAAGAUCUGGCUAUAACUAUUUGGGGCAGGCUCAUCCUCAAACUUUAACUAAUUUUUUCCGAAUUAAAAGAAAAAAUGAAGCUGAUUACUUUUAUUUCCAGAUGGAAGAUUGAGUUUAAGAAACUUUAAUGUAAAUUAUUAUGUCAUACAUUGUAUGUAAUUUGUUUCACAGAAAACUUGUACGAAUGCAACUUGCACAGCUAAAAACCUAAGUAAAAGUGACAACUUUGAGCACAGAUCAGGAGAUGGAGAGUCGUAUGGCAAACAUAGCUCCGCCCAUCGCAAUCUGGGAGCCAUAGACUACCAUAAACGUUACUUGAAAACUAUGAAAGAAUUGGGUGACAGAUCGGAAGAAGGAUUGGCGUAUUGCCUUCUUGGCAGUGCUUAUUGGAGUAUGGGAGAUUUUAGAACAGCCAUAGGCUGCCAUGGACGUCACUUACAAAUUACAAAAGAAUUGGGUGACAGAUCAGGAGAGUCAGUGGCGUAUAUCGAUCUUGCCAGAGUCCAUGAAAGUCUGGAAGAUUUUAAAACAGCCGUUUGCUACCACGAACGUUAUCUUAAAAUUGCAAAAGAAUUGGGUGACAGAUCAGGAGAAAGAGAUGCGUAUAGCUCUCUUGGUGACGCCCAUCGCGGUCUGGGAAGUUUUAAAACAGCCAUAGACUUCUAUGAACGUCAUCUUAACAUUGCGAAAGAAUUGGGUGACAAAUCGGAAGAAGGAACUGCUUAUGGCAAUCUUGGUGACGCCCAUCACAGUCUGAGAGAUUUUGAAACGGCUAUAAACUACUUUGACCGCCAUCUAAAAAUUGCAAAAGAACUGGGUGACAGACUGAGAGAAAGAGAGGCGUAUGGCAAUCUUGGCAACACCUAUCGUACUCUGGGAGAUUAUAAAACAGCCAUAAGCUACCUUGAACAUUAUCUAAACAUUUCAAAAGAACUGGGUGACAGAUCGGGAGAAGGAGGUGCGUAUAGCAAUCUUGGCUGUGCCCAUCAUCUUCUGGGAGAUUUUAAAACAGCCCUAGACUACCAUGAACGUGAUCUAAAAAUUGCGACAGAAAUGGGUGACAGAUCGGCAGAAGGACUGGCGUAUUGCAACCUUGGCUGCAACCAUCAAAGUCUGGGAGAUUUUAAAACGGCCAUAGACUACCAUCAAAGUCAUCUAAAAAUUGCAAAAGAAUUGGGUGACAGAUGCGGAAAAGGAACGGCGUAUGGUAAUCUUGGCAUCAUCUAUCGCAGUCUCGGAGAUUUUAAAACAGCCAUUGACUACCAUGAACGUCAACUAAAAAUUGCGAAAGAAUUGGGUGACAAAUCAGGGGAAGGUUUUGCGUAUAGCAAUCUUGGCAGUGACCAUGACAGACUGGGAGAUUUUGGAGCAGCCAUAGACUACCAUAAAUCUCAUCUAAAAAUUGCGAAAAAACUGGGUGACAGUUCGGGGAAAGAAAAAGCGUAUGGCAAUCUCGGCAGUGCCCAUCAAAGUCUGGGAGAUUUAGAGAAAGCAAUACACUAUUAUGAACUUAGUCUAAAAGUUGCGAAAGAAUUGGGUGACAGAUCAGUCGAGGGAAAGGCGUAUGGCAGUCUUGGCAACGCCCAUCGCGAGCUGCAAGAUUUUGAAACAGCCAUAGACUACGACAAACGUUCCCUAAAAGUUUGCAAAGAAUUGGGUGACAUAUCGGGAGAAGGAAUGGCGUAUCAUAAUCUUGGCGCCACCUAUAGCCAUCUGGGAGAUUUUGAAAGAGCCAUAGACUACCUUGAACGUGACUUGAAAAUUUCAAAAGAAUUGGGUGACAAAUUGGGAGAGGGAACAACGUACACAAGUCUUGGUACUUGUUUUAAAUAUAAAGGCCAAGUUCCAGUGGCUAUUGGAUAUUACCAACUAAGUAUUAGUUCGUUCAAGAAAGUCAGAGAUCGUCUUCCGUUGAACGACGAGUGGAAAAUAAACUUACGAGAUCAAUACCAGACAGCAUACACUGCACUUUGGCGCUUGUUGUUAGCAGAAGGCAAGAUUAUAGAAGCUUUGAUUUCUGCCGAUCGUGGACGAGCACAGGGUCUUAAGGACCUUAUGGCAUUAAAUUAUGGAUUAGAGGUGAAAGACGCUGAGUCAGAUGAAGGAGACAUGAUAACCUUUUUUGAACUGUCCAGUCACUUUCCCACGAAUACGAUAUUUAUGGCGCUUGGAGAGAACGAAUUAAUUUUCUGGGUUUGUCAGGAAGGAACGGCCCUUGAAUUAAGAAUAAACCCAGUAGAUUCAAAGGGGGAAAUUAGCUCCUUCUUUGAGUCUCUUGUGGAGCUUGUUUGUCAGGAAAUUGGUGCAAGAGAUUAUGUGGAGUGUGAAGAUCGCUCACUUAAAUUGCUGAAUGACAAAAGACAUGAAAGACUAGCAGUUCAAAGAUCAACUCUUGAUGGCAGUCAAUUCCAGAACUUACACAAUUCUUUGAAUACUUUGUCCGACGUAAUCAUUGAUCCUAUUCAAGAUCUUUUUUUGGGAAGUGAAAUCCUAUUCGUCCCCGAAGGUCCACUCUGUUUGGCUCCUUUUGCCGCAUUGAAGGGUCCAAACUCCAAAUACCUCAGUGAAUCAUUCAGAAUUCGCAUAGCUCCAUCUCUUACCAGUUUGAAAAUAAUUGCCGAUUGCCCGGUAGAUUACCACGUCACGUCUGGCGCGCUUCUUGUGGGUGACCCGUGGGUGCAAGAUGUGACAAAACUACCAAGAUUGCCACAUGCCAGAGAGGAGGUAGAGAUGAUUGGUAGAAUUCUUGGCUGUACACCUCUUAUUGGAAGACAAGCCACAAAGGAUGAGGUAUUAAGACGACUCGGUUCGGUUGCUUUGGUGCACAUUGCUGCACAUGGCAGCAUGAAAGCAGGCGAAAUUGCCUUGGCACCAAAUAAUCGUGAGAAGGAUUUCAUGUUGACCUUGAAAGACGUACUGCGUGUUCAAAUGCGAGCAAGACUGGUUGUACUCAGUUGUUGUCAUAGUGCUCAAGGAGAGAUCAAAGCAGAAGGUGUAGUAGGCAUAGCAAGGGCAUUUUUGGGAGCCGGUGCUCGCUCUGUUCUCGUGUCUUUGUGGGCAGUUGACGAUAAGGCCACUCUUGAGUUCAUGAAACAUUUCUAUCAGCAUCUUGUAAAAGGCAAGAGUGCGGGUGAAGCCUUACAUCAAGCAAUGAGCUGCAUGAGAGAAUCUGAGGAGUUUGGCGCAGUCAAGUACUGGGCACCGUUUGUGCUCAUUGGUGAUGACGUCACAUUAGAGUUCGCUUUAUGUGAAUAA